CAACCAUCCUAUCCAUCAACAUGUUGCGACCCAGCUUUGCGCGCGAUAUCGUGCGCCUGCGGGUAGCGCGAGCCUUUCAUACCUCCUUGCCCUCUCGGCUACAACCCACCUCCGUUCUGGAGCCCGAGCCAGUGGCAACAAUCGAGGCAACCUCAGAAACCGCGCCUGAGCCGCAACGGGCACCCAUCAACACCGGUCUUCCGGACUCCAGCAAGUUUCCAUUGUACCGCCCCCCACCACCGAAAGUCCAGAAGGAUGAGAAGAUUGACCUCGCCAACCUUCCCACCGAAGCUGAGAUCGAUGUCAUGGAGAAGGAGCAGAUCACUGCCGACGCGAUCAAGCAUGUCCCCGAGUACACGGAGGACGACCUGCGUGAUUUCUACAAAAAUGUGGUGCUGUCGGGGGCGGCUGAGAGCGCUCAGGAGCUGCUACCCCAGAUCGAGGCCCCAAAGACCACCACACCGGCUGAGCGGCGCCACCUCAUUGCAGAACUCGCACAACGCCUCACCGCGCCAGCGGAAGAUGGAGUUGCGUCCACCUUACCGGCGCUCCAGGACGGCAUUCCGACACACAUGGCGCUUACGGCUGCCCUCAUGAAGUUGGCACCAGAACCGACAGGCGUCACCGUUCCCCUCGGCAUCGUGACGAAGUCGGAGUGGCGGGCGCUCUUCGACUCCUUCCUCGUCCGCUCCGACCCUGUCGGCGCUGAGGUGCUGCUCAGCACGAUGGAGAGGCACGGGGUUAUUCCCACCACCGAUGACCUCAACGAGGUCAUUGAGCUGUAUGCGGCGAAGGGCCAGACUUCUGAGGUCGCACGUCUCGUUCAGGACUUUGAGGCUGUCGGGCUGCCACUCACCGAUUUCCACCGAGACAUGGUGAUCAAGGCAUCGAUGGGCCCGGAUGGCCAAACCGAGCCCGCACUCGCCCUGUUGAAGCAGGCCGAAAGUAUGGGCCAGCCGUUCCCACAGUCCUCGUACAACAUCGUACUCACUCGGUUGGUGGACGGUACACCGACUGAGCUUCCAGACGCACGCUCGCGCGCCGCCGCCCUUGAUCUUUUCGCUCAUAUGCGUCUGGCGGCGCACCCUACACCUACGCGCGAGCUCUUCACGACCAUGAUCAGGCUCUGCGCGGCCUCUUCAGACCCCCAGCCCGAGCGCGCGCGGGACUUGUGGCUCGAGAUGAUUGAGGAACACGAGAUUCAGCCUACAGCUGCCGAAUACAACGCUAUCAUCCGAGCUCUCGGAAGCACGAAGGCGGACUACCUCGAGGCCUACGACCUCCUGCGCCAGAUGCUGAGCGUACACGAGGAAGCAACGGCGGUGCCAUUUGAGGGUCCGACAAACAAGCUCUCCCCUUGGAUCCCGACACUCGAGACAUUCUCCGCUGUGCUUGAGGGCACGAAGCGCGCGGGUGACCUCGACCGCGCGCGCUGGGUGCUCAAUGAGAUGGUCGACCUCGCAAGGGCCGGAUCGUUCUCUCGUCAUCCAGGACUGCAGGGGCCGGACGAGGAGAUGAUGGCGCAUGUCUUCCAGACCUACGCUGCUUGGCGGCCUCGCGUGAAGCGUCGCGAUGUCAAGCACCGCGCAUCGGCAGAAUUGCUUGCUGUUGAAGAAGGGGCAGAGACUUCGGAAGCGAUCCAAGGCUCGGGCGAGGCCACUGCCUUGGAGAGCUCUGGGGCAUCAGCAAACGCCAGUGUCGCCGAGGAGGGAUCGAGCUCAGAGAGCGUCCAGUCUACAAGCAGUGGAUCGGCCGACGUCUUCAAGGACACCUCAACCAGUGCUUUAGGAGCCUCCGAGGAACUGGCGAAGGAAUCGUCUGAGCUAGCAGAGAUGGAAGAGCUCGAGGACGAUGAAUUAGGUGGUCCACAAAGCAAAGCGGACGCUCUGCGCGAGGCCGACGCGCUCUUUGAGGCGAUCCUCGACGCGAACUCCCGGUCCGCUUCGUCCGCCAAUAACCCCUUCCGUGGCGUCAAGAUCACUACGCGCCUCAUUAACUCGUACUUGGCAGUUCAUCUGAGCCACUCGAAUCUUGAAUCUGCCCGACAAAGGUUCAAAGACACUUGGCAGAAGCUAGAGACCACCACUCCCACCCUGGGUUCUCACGCAAUUCUACCGAACGGGUAUACCUAUCUGGGAGUUUUGGAGCGAUGCGCUCGUGGGAUGCGGAAGGAGGACCGCCCGCUAGCCCAGGAAUGGGGACGGGAGGCCUGGGCGUUGUGGCGGAAAUGGGCAGAUAUCGCUGAAUCUGCUCUGCCUGCGUCCAACCCUGCCAACAAGCGGAAGCGUUUCGUCUUGGGCCUGGGCGAGCGACAGGUUGAGAAGGUGUGGGUGGCGGCAAUCCGUCUUCUCGCGAUCGGGGAGGACACGCGUGGCUCCCUCGCUCUCCUUGACGAAUUUGUGCGCCUCUACCCUCCCGAGAACGUACGCGCAACGUACACGCCAUACGUUGCGCCCGAGUUCAUCAUCCGCAUGACAAUGCCCGAUAGCAUUGGCGAGCCGGCCGUCCCGCCGCACCUUCUUUUCCGCGACGUCGAGGUGCUGCACAACAAGCUUGUCCGCGACGAAAACUGGGACGGCGUGGCGCGUAUCAAAUGGGCGUGUACGGCGUACGAGCGCAGCCUGGCGACGCGGCGCAAGUGGCGCGCGCGUAGUGUAGGUGUAGCGAGGGAGAUCCGGCAACGCGCACGCGAGCGUGGAGAGAAGCCGCCACCGCUGGAUGGGGCGCGCGCUCAGCGCGUCAUUCCUGAGCCGGAGAGGAAGCGGAGGCCGAAGGGCAAGGGGAGGCCGUGGGCGGGGAGGCGGUAGACAGUAGAGCACACAUAGCAUUAGCAUUGCAUAUCACCCCUCUGUACGAAUGCAU